UUUUUACAGACACCCCUGGGAUACAGUGAUCAAAGCUGCUAUGAGAAAGUACCCCAACCCAAUGAAUCCGUGUGUGGUAGGAGUAGAUGUCCUCAACAGAAGCCUGGAUAACCAGGGGAGGUUGCAUAGUCACCGUCUUCUCAGCACAGAGUGGGGAUUGCCAAGUAUUGUAAAAGCGAUUUUAGGAACAAGUAGAACUCUGACGUACAUUGAGGAACAUUCUGUGGUAGAUCCAGUGGAAAAAAAGAUGGAGCUUUGCUCAACUAAUAUUACUCUCACAAACUUGGUGUCUGUUGAUGAGAGACUGGUUUACACACCUCAUCCUGAAAACCCUGAAAAAACUGUGCUAACUCAAGAAGCAAUUAUUACUGUUAAAGGCAUUAGCUUGAGCAGUUAUCUGGAAAGCUUAAUGGCAAACACAAUAUCUUCUAAUGCCAGAAAGGGUCGGGAUGCCCUGGAGUGGGUGAUCAGCAAACUAAACACAGAAUUGGAGGAGCUGAAGUCAACGCGUGAGGGCAUGAAACCAGCCAUGGCAGCAGCAUCAACAGAACAAUAAAACCAAAAAUACCAAGUAACUGACAGAAAAAUUUUAUUCUGCAGACUGCUUUGUAGAUCUCCCUUCCAAGGUUGAUCUGCAGAGGUUUUAUAUAUUUAUAAGAAUAUUGGAUCAGCGGAAAAGCAACCUCAUCCAUCACCUCCACAGCAGCUCCUGUUGCCUACUGAAGACUAAAUUGACCUCCCGCAGAUGCUCUUUUCAUUUAACUAAUUUAUGUUUAACACUGGAAACAAAACAUUUAGCACAUUUAAAACUGCCUAAAUGUGCCUUUUAUAACAAAGAUAGGGAGUAUGUUAUAUUUACACCAUCUCGGUUUUUCGUACUCAAACUUGAAAAGAACGCAUGUGUCAUAUUAAGGGUUUUCCAUGUGAACAUUUGUUCUGUGAAGGGCUGAUAGGUACUAGAGCACUGAAUUUUGUCUGUUCUGUGAUCUGAUAGUGUCUUAUGACCAUUUAAAAGGAACUACAUGAGUCAGAACAUGAUACUGUAGAAUUAGAUAUCUAUCUAGAUAGAUAUCUAGAUAUCUAUAUAGAUCACUCUCUCUCUCUCGAUAGAUAGAUAGAUAGAUAUCUAGAUAUCUAUCUAGAGGAUCAUCCCAAAAAGCUAAAACCUGUGUGGUACUAACUUUUCUUACAUUGUUUAAAUGUGCUGCCUGAACAUAACAGAACAACGCAGAUACUUUACCUCUUAGAUGUUUGUAUCCGAACAAAGAUAAAGUUUCUAUUGAUGUUAAUAGCCUAAAACAGUUUUCAAAUGGGGAGAAGGGUGUAAUUUAUUUUCAUAUUUAUUAACUUGCCCUAGUUCCUCCCCUCCUUAUGAGGAGAGGACUAGUAAUUCCUGGAAGGUGCUGGAAAAUACUUCUCUUAUUUAUCUCUAAGAAGGGUACUUGUAGGCUACUUGAAUGAAGAGACUGUGCUGUUCCA